GAGUGGUCAUGAUUGCAUCCUGCACUGUUACUGUGUAGUGUAGGUUUUCUUGUAAAGAGAUGACUUCUGUGCUCCACCUUGGUUGUUCCUGUUGUGGUAAUUGAUACUCGUUUAAAGUAAUAUUAAUCCUGUUGAGAAAUGACAGAGCCAGGUACAUGUAUGUGGGACUGUGUGGUUGUUGGUGCAGGGGUCAUGGGUUCAGCCACAAGUCUACAGCUGGUGCAAAAUGGAGCCAGAACCCUACUUCUGGAGCAGUUUUGUCUCCCCCAUUCCCGUGGAAGUUCGUGGGGCCAGACCAGGGCGACGCGUAAGUCGUACAAGCAGGAACACUAUGCCAGGAUGGCGGCAGGGUCCAACAGACUGUGGAGGCAGGUGGAGAUGGAAACUGGCACCAAACUCACUGUAGAUGCGAGACAUUUCGCUUGGGGCCGACCAGAAAACCCAAUACUACAGGACAUCCAGGAAAACCUGCAGAAGGUCGGAGUUCACUCCAAACUUCUGACCAAUCAGGAGCUCCAACGAGAGUUCCCCAUGCUGCGUUUCCCCGGCGACUACGUGGGCGUGUCAGAGGAGGGGGCAGGACUCAUCAAGGCAGACCAGGCUGUCAGGGCUCUGCAGGACCUGUUUGUCCAGAAGGGUGGCUGUCUGAGAGAUGGUGAGGCAGUGACAGGGAUCACACCAGGGCCGACAGUUACAGUUGUCACGUCCGAGAGAACCAUACAGACCAGACGUUUGGUGUUGACCUGUGGCCCGUGGACAAGCAAGCUGCUCGACGGUCUUGGGCUGGAGCUACCCCUAGAAACACUCCGCAUCAACGUGUGCUACUGGAAAGAGAGAGAACCUUCCUCCCACUCCCUGCAGUCUAACUUCCCUGUGUUUAAGGAUGAGGAGACAGGGGUGUAUGGGAUGCCCUGCUUCGAGUAUCCUGACAUGAUGAAGAUCACACGGCACACAGGACAUGCGGCAGACCCAGACAACAGGGACGCCAACAUGCAGGCAGACUUGACCUUCGACCUGCGGUUCUUGAGCGACUUUGUCAGGAAAUUCUUCCCGGGUCUGUACGACAAGCCAAGCAUCGUGGAGACUUGCAUGUAUACGAACACACCAGAUGGAGAGUACAUUCUAGACAGACACCCUGGACACAGGAAUAUUGUCAUUGGGGCUGGCUUCUCAGGGCAUGGAUUCAAGCUGGCACCCAUGGUGGGGAAGUUACUGUGUGAGCUGACGUUGGACAAACCUCCCAGUUUGGACAUGGCCCCCUUCAGACUGGACAGGUUCACUUCCAGAAAGGCUGUGUCAAAACUGUGAUGUGUACGUUAACAUUACAUGCAAGUCUACUGAGAUACAUAUUAAAUGUUGCUGUUUUUUGGUGCAAUGGUAAAAAAUGAAAUUAUGCAUAAUUCAUAAUUAUUUAUCUAGAAAUAUAUGUCGAAAGAAAUACCACUACCAAGUAAGUAGGUAGAAACAUCGUAAAAACGAAGAAAUAAUUACGUA